GCUUUCUCACUCCUGUCACUGAUCCUAUGAACACUACCCUUGCAGCGCCACUCUCUCUCUCUCUCCACUCCCUCUCUCCCUUUCUGUCCUAUCACCUCUCUCCUAUCACCUCUCCUUCUCUCGUUCCCUUCAUUUGCAGAUGGCGGUGGAGUGAGGUGACUGAGGACUAGUAUGCGUGGAAGGACACAUCCUCCCCUUGGAGAGAAAGAGAAAACAGAGAAAGAGAGAGAGGAAGAAGAAGCAGCUGUUCUUCAGUAACAGGGUAAGAGCAGCUAACUUCAGUCUCCUGUCAUGGAUACUAACGCUGGGGAAGUGGAGGACUCAGGAGAAGAGCUUACAGUUUCAGGGAGGAAGAAGUCUCGGUUCAAGCUGCUGAAGAGUCGUCUGUUUGGCCGUCUGAAGAGGAAGGAGACUGAAGGACUGAUGAAGCAGAGCCAGUCCGCCAGUGAUGUCACUGCUGAUGUCGUAGCUCUGAGGGACGACGACUCAGAGGAUGACUGUUUGGGCGGUCCAAAUACACUGGGGUCCAGAGCUCUGUCACAUGACAGCAUCUUCCUGGCUGACCAAUCACAGAGCUCCUCUGAGCCGACGAGGGUUCUGUCUCAGGAGAACGUACACGGCAGGAUACGAGAACUGCAGCUGAAACUGCAGCGGCAGAACAUGUGUCUGGGCCCUCCCCCCUUGCUGAUCCCUGGAAAGAGAAUAGAAGAUUCCGGAGCCACCUCUGAGGAUGAUGGUUUACCCCAGAGCCCUCCAGAGAUCUUGUUCCAUGACAGAACAGCACAGGGGCCUUCCUACAAGUUCCCUGACACUCACAGGCACCAUAGCUCUCUGAGUUUAGCAGGGACAGGAAGUGAGGAGGAGGAGCAGUGCCUCUCCCAGCCCUCCUCCCGUUCUCUCUCCCCAAAUCCUGCUUCCCCCUGUGAUCCAGAGCCCUCCCCUGUAGUGGACUUCACCAGCCCAGCCCAGUACACUCCUAGCCUGGACAGCUCUGCUGCCCGUCACCGCAUGUCUGUCAAACCCAGGAACCAGAGGGCCAGUGCCAAGGGAAGGAAAGGUCCCUUGAGAGCAAGCCGACUUGGCUCAGAGAGCCUGAGUGACCUGGACCCAGACCAGCCCCUCUCUGAGAGGGAGGAAGAGCAGGAUGGAACAGAGGACGAGGACAGAGAGGAAGAGGAGGAGAGGGAGCGACCGUUCUCUUCAUCUCCAAAAGACUCUGAGGAGAAGCCCUGGCAGUCAGUACCCCCUGGUGGUCAGAAAGAGGUAUUGCAGAGACAAGAGUCCUCUGAGACAGAGGGACGAGUCACCACCAACCCUCUCUACCUCCAGGCUAUGACCUCUCCUCUACCAGAACCCAUGACCAAGACCUCCAUCCUGAAGACCCAGAGCCUGCCCACUCCCCCUUCAGCAGCAGUGGAGGAGCCACAGAAGCCCCCGGAACCUAUCCGGGUCAAACGCCCAAGAACUCUCAUCCAGGAUAAUUCAGACCAGGGAAGUCGGCCUGGGUCUACAUCUGAAAAGACCCUCUCCAGGCCUUUCAGCCCUGUCUAUGGAUCAGAUAAUGUCAAUUCCACUACAAAUCAACUGCCCUCAAAAGAGAAGCCAGAAGAGAAUAUGACCCCAGCCACCUCUAACAAGGGAGACAGGUUGAGCAGAAACACACAGGGUGUGAGCCUAGCAGACACCAGCAGCUCUACACACCACUCUGCUCUACCUACCCCUGCCCCUCGCGUUAUAAGACAAGCACAGAGACCUGCUUCUGAGAGAGAGUCUGUCAGAGAGACUACAGCAGACCCACUGUCGGGCGUUAAUGAAGAAACCUCCAAAUUGGACCUGGUGCAGAGGACUACAGGGCUACCUACUGGCCAUGAAGACACACUGCCUAGAGCAAACAGUUUCUCCACCUCCUCCUCGAGACAGUGUUCCAAGAGCGCCACUGGCAGUGCCCACACAGGGAUGAGAAACAAGGAGAUGAAUGCAGAAGGAAAAGGAGGGGAGGGUUUGGUGGCCAAGAACCCUCAUCAGGAGUCUGUCAGAAGGCAAGAGGUAAAACCAGAGCAGGCCACAUUUAAAGACCUGAAGGAAAACCAACCACAAGCCUCUCCUCAGGAGAGAAAAGUACAAACAGAGUUAGAAGUAGUGGAGGAGACAGGACUGAAGGGAGGAGAGAAAAGGGAUGGGCAGAGCGAGGGAAAUGAGGAGAAGGAGCAGGAGAGGAAGAGUACUUUCGGAGUGAAGCUGCGCACCAUUUCUCAGUCUCUGAAGUAUCGCUUGGAAAGGGACCAAGAAUUCAGGGUUAAGUGUCAUAUUGUCUCAACAACUGCAGAACCAGUCAAAGGCGAAAUUGGCACAAGUUCAAAGGUCAGGGGUGACUUGGCAAAUAAGGCUUUGAGGAAGGGCCCGUCACAAGUGUCUGACUGCCCCCCCUCAUACUCCCCUGACAGAAACAGACUCAACGAGAACCAAGAUGAUGAUGAUACUGACCUGGAAGUAGAUGCCUUUUUAGACCCAGACAAAGGCCCAUCCUCCAGACCUGCUCUGGGGCUCCCAAGAGGGGCUGAGACCCCUGGGUCUAAUGGGUUAGCUGGAUCGGAGCCUGUCUGGAUGUCCAUGGCCCGGGAAAAGACCAGGAGUCUCCAACAGCAUCUCAGUCCAGAGACAGAGCCUGGGACAUGGGGGACAGGGGGGACAACAACGCCCCAGUACACCCCAUCACCACGGCCAGCUCCAACCCCAGCCCCACAGCCUAGAUUACAACCAACAGCUCAGCCAUCAACACAACCUCCAUCACAAUCACAGCCAAGCACAAAAACCUCCUCGCAAAAACAAACAUCACCCGCAGUGGUACAACCACCAUCUCCACCAAUACCAAGCGGUAGACCAAUCCUACGGGGAAUGCAACUGACAGCUAAACUCAAAACAUUGCCUUCAGAUCAGCCUAACACACAAACAGCAUCACAACCGACACCACAAGGAACAGCUCAACAGCUGACACAACCGUCCUCCCAACCUCACAUGCCAACCAGACCAACUCUACGAGGAGCGUCUGAGAGAUCCUCCACGUCUCUGAAAAGAGCGGAGAAGAUGCCUGUGGAGAAAUGGACAGAAAGAGCGCUCCCGACUGGGACAAUGGAGGAAUCUAGCAAUGGUCAAACUGAGAUUCACAUCGCAAAGCCUGAGAUAGCUUCUUCAUCAUCAUCAUCAUCGUCACACUGGGGUCAGCCAACCUGGAUGGAACUUGCCAAGAGGAAAUCUCUGGCCUGGAGUGACAAGACUAUGGACUAAGAGAAAUGCACGUGGGUGUCUCUCUCUGUGUGUGUGUGUGUGUGUGUGUGUGUGUAUGUGUGUGUGUGUGUGUGUGUGUGUGUGUGUGUGUGUGUGUGUGUGUGUGUGUGUGUGUGUGUGUGUGUGUGUGUGUGUAGGUAAAGGGGUUCCUAAAGAGAGUAAGAAGAAGACUGAAAUAAAAUAAUGAUUUGUUGCUGACUGUAUUAUUUGAACCUACUGGAUUCAGAGUAUGAGUUUAAAACCCCUUUCCCAUUACUGUGCCUUACUCUUCUAACCAUUACAUUUUAAAAAAUACUUAUAUUUCACAUUGGCCAGACUGAUGCUAAGCUACUGUAUAUAACAACACUAAACCAAGAGGUCUGGACUUUUAUGGCACAAGAGGGCAUACUCUUGUUGGUUGCUGGUUCAAACUCCGCUUCAGUUUUUUCACUGCUUUUGACAUAUCACUCCCUGCUAGAUCCCUGUUGUCUGGAAUAAAUAUACUGUAAAUUA